AUGUCCCACACUGUAAUCCUUGGCACCGGUAUAAUCGGUCUCUCAACCGCCUACUAUCUCUCCCUCUCUCAAACCCCUACCACCACCCACCUCGUAGACCCAUCCCCUACCCUUUUCUCGUCCGCUUCUGGCUACGCAGGUGGUUUCCUUUCUCGAGACUGGUUCACCGAAGAAUUAUCCGAGUUGGGUCUCUUGAGUUUCGAAGAACAUAAGAACCUUGCGGAAGAGCAUCGCGGAGACCAGAAAUGGGGGUAUAGUGUGAGUAGAAGUUUGAGUUAUGUGAGCCGUAUUGCUGCGGAAAACUCGAGGAAAAGUGGCAAGAAAGGAGUAAGGGGAGAUGACUGGUUGAGAUGCGGUGGAAGUAGAGCCGAUACUGCAGGUGGGAAUGAGAGUAUAGAUACUGCUGGGGAGGGACCGAGAUGGCUGAGAAGAGAUGAUGGUGAUGAACUGGAAGUCAUUAGCGAGGAGGGAAGUACAGCUCAAGUUGACCCUCUCAAGCUAUGUCAAUUCCUCCUCACCAUCUGUCUUGCCCGCGGCAUCCAACUUCAUCACCCUGCAAAGGCCUUAUCCGUUCAUCAAGAUAUGAGAUCUAAAUUAUCUAGUAUACGGAUCUUGAACAUAUCCACAAAUAUCGAAUCUGAUAUCCCGUGCACGAAAGUUCUGAUAGCGGCAGGUGCUUGGUCACCGGAGGUAUUCUCUGCUUUGUUUCCAGAAUCGUCCUUAGAAUUACCGGUCUCGAGUCUGGCUGGUCAUUCUUUGGUGGUGAGAGUACCGGAUUGGAAUGAUCAGCUGGAGGAAAAGGAAUGUCAUGCUGUGUUUGCUAGUGACGAGGAGGGGUAUUCUCCCGAGAUAUUUUCGAGGAAGGGUGGUGAGAUCUAUAUUGCGGGCUUAAAUUCUUCCAUUAUACCAUUACCAAGACUCGCAACAGACUCAAAGAUUCAAGAGGAUAUCGUACAGAGGUUGGAGAAGACAGCGAGAAGAAUUUUUGGUUUGGACGACGACAUUGAAAUGGAAGCCAUCAGGAAGGGCUUAUGCUUCCGACCGGUCACGAAUAGGGGAACGCCAAUUUUGGCGAGGAUAGCCGAUGCUAAUUUAGGUGGAAUAAAAACCAGGAGUGCUGGAGAUGGAGGUGUUUGGCUCGCUGCGGGACAUGGUCCUUGGGGUAUUAGUUUAAGCUUGGGCACUGCAGUGAAGGACUUCUGGUUGCAAGGAGUUUUGAGCGCAAAAGCUUCGAAAGGGUAUCUCAGUUCCUCGAUAAUCGAGAAGUUUUUGAAAACCGAAAAUUACAAUUCUCGAUCUAAAUCAGUAAAUUAA